CGAGGUUCCGGUUAUAAGAGCCGGGCUGUCGUGUGUCUGUCCCUCCCUUUCUGCCUCUGUCCGUCGGCCUGGUCACAGCCGCUCUCCGCCUCCCACUGUCCCAACACCAGAAGACAACGAUGUCUGAGAAACUUCCAUACAAAGUUGCUGACAUCAGCCUCGCCGAUUGGGGGCGCAAGUCCAUCGAAAUCGCUGAGAAUGAGAUGCCCGGUCUGAUGAAGAUGAGGGAGAUGUACGGCGGCUCCAAGCCCCUGAAGGGCGCUCGCAUCGCUGGCUGCCUCCACAUGACCCUGCAGACCGCUGUGCUCAUCGAGACCCUCACUGCUCUCGGGGCUGAGGUCCAGUGGUCCAGCUGUAACAUCUUCUCCACUCAUGAUCAUGCUGCUUCUGCGAUUGCCAAGGCUGGAAUCCCAGUGUAUGCGUGGAAGGGUGAGACUGAUGAGGAAUAUGUGUGGUGCAUCGAGCAGACCCUGUACUUCAAAGAUGGUCAGCCCCUCAACAUGAUCCUGGAUGAUGGUGGCGAUCUCACCAACCUGAUACACACCAAGUACCCCAAACUGCUGGCAGGUAUCCGUGGAGUGUCAGAGGAGACGACUACAGGAGUACACAACCUGUACAAGAUGUUCAAGAAGGGUGAGCUGAAGAUCCCUGCCAUCAACGUCAAUGACUCCGUCACAAAGAGCAAGUUUGACAACCUGUAUGGCUGCAGGGAGAGUCUGAUCGAUGGCAUCAAGCGAGCCACUGAUGUGAUGAUCGCCGGUAAAGUCGCCGUGGUGGCUGGUUAUGGUGAUGUGGGCAAAGGUUGCGUCCAGGCCCUGCGGGCGUUCGGAGCUCGUGUCAUUGUCACAGAGGUCGACCCCAUUAACGCCCUCCAGGCUGCCAUGGAAGGUUAUGAGGUUACCACCAUGGACGAGGCCUGUCAGGAGGGAAACAUCUUCGUCACCACCACCGGCUGUGAGAACAUCAUCAUGGGACAUCACUUUGAGAAAAUGAAGGAUGAUUCCAUCGUCUGCAACAUUGGACACUUUGACUGUGAGAUCGACGUCAACUGGCUCAACAAAAACGCUGAGAAAGUCGAAGUCAAGCCCCAGGUCCAUCGCUAUCGUCUGAAGAGUGGAAAUCACAUCAUCAUCCUGGCUGAGGGCAGACUGGUCAACCUGGGCUGUGCCAUGGGACACCCAUCGUUUGUCAUGAGUAACUCCUUCACCAACCAGGUGCUGGCCCAGAUUGAGCUGUGGACCAACACAGACAAAUACCCAGUGGGAGUCUACUUCUUGCCCAAGAGGCUGGAUGAGCAGGUGGCUGCCGCUCACCUCGACAAACUGGGGGUGAAGCUGACCAAGCUGACGGAGCAGCAGGCCAAGUACCUGGGUGUACCGGUUGAUGGGCCCUUCAAACCGGACCACUACCGCUACUGAGACUCCCCCGCCCCCAAAAGCUGAGGAGGAAGUGUGAAUAGAAGGGUCGAUGGAUGGAUGGGGUGGGAGCACAUAUCACCAAGUUGCUUUCUGGGCACAGUUCUGGUUUGUGAGCUGCCAAAUGUCGAGCUCACGUAUGUGAUUAAAUAAAAACUUACCAGUUGGUGAAGAUGCUCAUUUCUGGUUGAAUUAAAGGAAUCUACCUUCAGUGUCCUUUUUUUUUUUUUUUUUUUUUUUUUGACCCCACCCUAUUUUUUUUUUGACAUACACACAUCGAAACCCUCAGCCAUUUCCUCUCCUGAAACAUUAUUACUGUCGCUGUAAAAGACAAUUCCUUUUGUAGUUUUUCAUUCCUUUACCGAUUCUGGAAUCAACCAAAAAUCCAUCCGUGAUGCUUUUCUGUCCUCCCUCCUUAUUGUAGUGGUUUGAUGUCGAAGGUUUCCUGUAUAGUGGCCUUACUUCAAUGUAUUCCUUUAAUGCCGCCCUCUGUUCGCACUUACUGAAAACUGUACUUGAAUGGUGCAAAAAGGUGCUUCCCGUGCUUGGUGUUAACUGGCUGACCUUUUAUUCUUAAGAGCCGUGUCGCUGCCAAAGGAGCCACCAAAGCUCAUAAUGUCCUGAUUGAUGAAGAGUCUUAUUCUGUUUGUCACCUACUUUACUUUUUUUUUUUUUUUUUUUUUUUUUUAAUUGUCAUUUAAUUUGACUUGAAGGGCCAAAUAACGUGCACGGGCCAUCUCGAUUUAACUUCAUCCUCCUUGUCUGUAGUCAAUUGACUUCUGUUGCUGGAUAUAAACAAUCAGGACCGAGUUUAAAGUAGGAGCCAAGGUUCAACGGUUACAGCCUGAAGGUCAGAGUUCAGAUGCUUGUAUGUGAUGGAUUGGUGAAAGUUUGGAAAAUAAAUGCCUUUACAAUACAAA